AUGUACUCUACAUACAUGGAACUCCACACAAAGUACACCUAUUUUGUCCGAGUUUGUAACAAGAAGGGCACGGACGGAGUAACGGAGGGUUGGACCCUUGGAACUUGGGGAAGUCCCAAGAAAGCCCAAGAACCCGAGUCGGGGUCCGGUUCGGAAGCGCCAAGAUUUAGGUUGGAGGGAGCCAAGAGGGAGCUCGGGGAAGAGUGGGCCAAUGGCGCGCGAAUGGGAAGUAGGCUGCUCAAGGUAGCGCGCAUCGUUUUGGAAACGAAAAAGGGGGUGGAAGUCAGGGCUUCAGAUUGGGACACAUGGAGCGAUUGUAUGUGUGGUUUGACUUCUCGUCCGUUACCAAGAGAGCCUCUUGACAUCGGGCAGCACGUCGCACAUGUUUCAGCGCAGGACUGCCAGCAGCCAAACGCCAUGAAUCUCAUCAAUCAUCGAGAUGGGGUACCAGGAGCCCGCGAAUGCUUUACAGGUCACGACGGAAGAUGGUCAAGAUGCAUUAUGGUAACGUGGAGCCGCAAGGACACCAAGAGGAUGAAGGAGGAGUUUGAGCUUUCGUCCGUUACCGUGAACAAAACGUCGAAAUUCACAAGAGCUGUUCAGCACUCUGGAGGUGAAGGUGUUCGGAUUGCGCAGGUCGGAACCCAAGGGGGUAAAGAUUCGGAUUCUAGACGAUGCUGGGUAGAUUCCUUGGAUCCGGGAUCUCUAGUGCUCGAGCAUGUCGGCACGAGCAACUUGUUGUCUCCUCAAAGAGGGAGAGUCGCUGUGGGGGCUAAAUGCAAGACGGAUAACGAGUUGGGGCUGCUGCCGGUGUCUUUUUUGUGGUGGUGGUGGAAGGUGGAGAUGUCUUGGACGUACAAGCAGACAGACCCCAAAGCGCAUCAACAACCCCUUGCGACCUCGCAAGACCCCUGCUCCUCCCCACACAACCACACUCCCGGCUACACCGCGGUGCGUGAGCGGGAUACACUGAACGUUGGCCUGGCCAAGGCGGAGGAAACACCUGAGACUGGAGCCCAGGCGCACGGAAGAAAAGUACCGCUUUAG